CUGUGUGCGCUGCUGCUGCUGAUGACAGCGAAAUUCUUUACCUUCACUCGUUCCCGAUUUUGCACAUAAAAUGGCCAUCCGUGGAUAUAAGCUCGAAUCUCUGGUUUACGCUGGAUGUGAUCGGUUAAAUUGUGCAUAAAAAGACAAUAAAGUGUGUUGUGGAUUAGGAUGUUAUCGAAUUGGUUGGGUUGGGAUUGAGAUUCAGUGGAAAAAGCUUGUUUUCAACCCCGUGUGUGGCGGCUACCGCAAGAGGAAAAUCUUUAUUUUUCCGGAGGAGGCAGCAAAUUGCGUGUGAACGAAACGGGUAGAAAAUCGAAUGCAGUUGUCGGAGUUUGUAUUUUCGAUGCGGCCAGCAACCGGGAACGGUUCCGGUUAAUCCACAUUUAUUGUGUUGACUAAUUACUGUUGUGAAUAAUGGUUUCAGGGUGUGCUUGCUUUUAGGGCACCAUUCGCUUGCAGCCGUGAGUUUACGCAGUGCCCAAACUGUCAAAUUGUAUUUCGUGGGUAUACAUUUUGUUGCAGCAAAUAUGACGGAGGAUGGUUCAAUAAUUUUGAGGUGAAAACUGGUUUGUUCCUGUUACACGAAGUAGAACAUUUUGCCGUAAGGUAAAGCCAAGCAAAAGAGUAGCGAUAGUGUUUGUUUUGAUCACUGCCAUUGUGUUAGUUUGUGGAAAUUAGCGUUUGCCCUCAUCGAAAUUGAGGAGUGAUUUAUGAUAGAAAAGAAUCGAAAAACCACCAUUUCGCAGCAAAGAGCAGAUAAAUCAUGCAGUGUUUGGUUGGCCACCGCAAAUCGGAGUGUGUGUGAUUGUGUGAAAAAUUGCGCAAGUGUUUUCAUGGUCGUGUAGAAAUACGAAACCAAAGACGCGUCGUCGUUCAGGAAGAAGAGAAAGGAUCUUUCAGUAGCAAAUUUUUCACCCCCGGAUGACGUAUUUCAGCUGGCCAACAACAGCCAACAAGGUAUCAUCAUGGCAGAAGUAAGGCAAGGUACGCCGCAACAUAUCAGCGCUCUGUCCGAGCGUUCGGAAUGUCCGGAAGCGAAACAGAAACGCUGCAGAAAUUUGACCGCUGGUACGCAGCUUCGGGCGGUUGCCAUCGGGCUACUGGUGCUGGCAACAACAGCUGGACUCGGUGGAGCAUCGCGAAUCCUGCGGCACACCAACAGCAAGCGAAGCAGCAGCAGUCUGAACGAUUACGGCACAUCGGCGGGCAGCGAAUCGUUGUACAAGGCAGAGCAACAGCAGCAGCAGUUUAAUGGAAAGUAUCUUUUAAAUUCGAAUGAAAAUGCCGCCGGUGGCGGAGGUGCCGAGGAUAGCCCAGGAACAGCAGCGGCAGCGGCAGAACCGUCAGUGCCGUCAUCCGCGCUGUCGUCGUCACUGUCGCAUAAUUCGCCGCAAACAUUGACGCUGACGGCGGAUAAAAAUAAAACAAAGUUAUUAAAAUGUCACUGUGACAUUUGCAAGGAUCAGAAUUACGUGUGUGAAACAGAUGGACUGUGCUUCACCUCGUUGUCGCUGGAGCACGGCGUCUACAAGUACUCGUACAGAUGUAUCGAUCGCCGCAUUCUUAACCCGCCGGAGAAUCCGGUCUGGUGCAGGGAAAAAAUUACCGCCUCGGUGGAUUCUGCCCACCACGCGUACCACACGAUGGGAUGCUGUGACACCAACUUUUGCAAUAUCCACAUUGUCUUCCCGGAAACGUCGGCCAGCUUUGCAGCACCUUCCUCAUUGUUGAUUUUUGGAGAAACAAUCGACGAGCUUAAAACCCAUGAGGUGAAGGAGGUGGAUAGUGUCCUGUUCAUCCUGAUAGUCGGCGGUGGUUUCGUGUUUGCUGCCAUCGUAGGUAGUGUGAUGUUUAUCAUGCUCCGCCGCCGAAAGCGCAACAGUGGUGCCCGGCAGAUACUACCGGAGGAUUCGGUGUGCGGUGCCAGCUAUCCUAUCUUGAAUGGACAUACCACGAUUCAGGACUUCAUCGAGAUGACUACCUCCGGUUCCGGGUCGGCCGGUUUGCCACUGCUGGUGCAGAGAUCGAUUGCCCGUCAGAUCCAGCUGGUGGAGGUCAUCGGCAAGGGCCGCUUCGGCGAGGUGUGGCUGGGCAAGUGGCGCGGGGAGAACGUUGCCGUCAAAAUCUUUUCCAGCCGCGAGGAGUGUUCCUGGUUCCGGGAGGCGGAAAUCUACCAGACCAUUAUGCUGCGGCACGAGAACAUACUCGGAUUUAUUGCAGCUGAUAAUAAAGAUAACGGAACCUGGACCCAACUUUGGCUUGUAACGGAUUACCACGAGAAUGGAUCACUGUUCGAUUUCCUGACGGCUCGCUGUAUCGAUUCGAAGACGAUGGUCGAAAUGGCCUAUUCGAUCGCGACCGGAUUGGCCCAUCUGCACAUGGACAUUGUCGGAACUCGCGGAAAACCCGCGAUAGCCCAUAGAGACCUCAAAUCGAAAAAUAUCCUCGUCAAGUCCAAUUUCACCUGCUGCAUCGGAGAUCUUGGGCUGGCGGUGAGACAUAUUGUGGCCACCGAUACGGUGGACAUUCCGUCCACUCACAGGGUAGGAACGAAACGCUACAUGGCUCCGGAGGUGCUGGAUGAGACUAUCAACGUAAAUCAGUUCGACUCCUUCAAGCGUGCCGAUGUGUACGCGUUCGGGCUGGUACUGUGGGAAAUCGCCCGGCGAUGCAACGUGGGCGGUAUCUACGACGAGUACCAGUUGCCUUUCUACGACGUCGUGCAACCCGAUCCGACCAUCGAGGAGAUGAGAAAGGUCGUCUGCACGGACCGGCAGCGCCCGAGCAUACCGAAUCGGUGGAUCGCCUCCGACACGCUGCACGCGAUUUCCAAGGUGAUGAAGGAAUGCUGGUACCAGAAUCCGGCCGCCCGUCUGACGGCGCUCAGAAUCAAGAAAACCCUCGCAAAUAUUCGCUAGAGGCGGAUCACUGCCGUAGGCGAGCCGGGUGGAGGAGGUCCGUCCUGGGUCUAGAUGGCCGGUCUAGGCCUCCGCCCUGGCGCACGCGGUAGUGCUAAACAAAAUGCUGAUUGUGAAAACAUGAACUCUCGAUUUAGGAAUUAACAAACAACAAAAAGGAAAAAACACAUACACACACACUUUAGCUGGUAAGCAUGUCUAGUUUUUAAGCUGAAGAAAAUGGGUACCACUAAUGUGGAUGAAUUGAGCGAAAUAUGAGCGAAAUUUCUGUAGUUGUGUAAGUUAACGGUUUAUCAUGGAAAUGCUAGGAUAAACAGAACAUAUUUUGUGCACGGGAGAGCCUAUGAGGAUAGGAUAAGAAAGUAAGACUUUAAGUUUGAGAAUUAAUGUAAAGCCAGCCAAGUUUAACUUGACAAAAUGUCCGUACGUUCUAUCUUAAAUCGUAUUUUCAUUGAAUGGUUGAUUGAUGUGUUGCAUGUUCGAUUUUAUUGUCCAGCUAGGUUUGAUACAUAGUAAUAUAUAAUUAUUUAUUAGUAUCUCUUUAUUUAUCGUAUGCAUUUCCUCGGUUUACGAGCAAACAGACGUAUUCACACGUACAGUACAUUCACAAAUGAACCCGCUAAAAUGAGAGAAACAUAGAUGAUUGAUUCAUUUGUUAUGGUUCCCCAUUUUUAACAUAUCUCCAUUCCUUAAAAAAUAAAGAAAAAAAAAACAAGUCACAACUAAAGAAAAAAAGUAAAACAGAACAAAAAAACAUGUACCUCCAGAAACCAGAAAGUUAAAACUGUGAAUACAAAAAAUCACAGCAAAUCCUCAACCAGAGCAGCCGCGAACCCUAUACUAAAGGCGAACAGUCGAAGUCAUGUUACUCACAUUUUUUACUGACCAGAAUUUAAGACGUGGAAAUUAGUGCAGCACUAUGCUUCCACCCUGAGAAUAUUGAGAAAAAUGCUGUUAGAUUAUAAUAAAAUGUGUUACUUGGAACAGAGGGCGCUUCAUGUGAGUGUUUAAUGUUGAUCGCCAUGUUUUGUUGGAUCAGUUGGCUUCUAAUUUUUUCAUAAUUGGAUUGGUUUGUUAUUAACUGGUAAAGAGAUAGAGAGAAAGAGAGAGAAAAGAACAUCCCAAAUAGAGUAACUAUGUUAAAGUCAUUUAGUUUUUGAUUUUGUUUUUUUUUUUUUUUUUAUUUACGCAUUUAGAGCAUAACCAGUUUCAAUAUUAUAAACAUAAGGUAUUCACAUUAACCGCCGCUGUUCGACAACGGUACCUCCUUCUCAGCAAUGUAAACAAUUUAACAGAGUCCGCAAUAAUUGCCAGGAUCGAUAGGAUUAGUCAUCACUUUGGUUAUAGUCCCUACCUAGACCACUUUGAGUCCUCAAAAAUAACAAUUAAAACUGUGGCAAAGUGUUACAAACAUAAUCGAAAACUCUCAGGCAAGUGAAGAAAAAAAAAAAUAAAAACGAUUUCCCGUCCUUCCAUGCACCCGAUCCUCGACUGUCGUAUUUUCCAUAUUACGUAUUCUGUUCCAUUUCGAUCACCAAUCGGUAGUGUACCAAUCGUAAGCUUCCCUAAACCAACAAAACAACUGACGAAACAGACAAAGAUAAACAAUACAACUAAUCAGAGUAUGGUUAGCCAAUAGUGUUAGUAUUGUUUUACUACUGAGGAAAAAUAAGUAAAAUGUAGCAAACAAACAGAAUAGCAGCGUGAAAAAGACGUAGACAGAACUUUUUUUGAAACAACAAAACUGCCGUUAAAAAUGUAAUUUAUGAGAUUGCCAGAGUAAUACUAACACAUUUGUACAGAAAGAAUGCAAACCGAGAUAAAAAACAUACACAAAUAACCGUCAGUGCGGCUGGCGGAAGCCCCCAGAAAUACGUUUUUUGUUGUUGCAAAUUUUGAAUUUUUGUUUUGUGUUGUUUCCCCAACCACGAUUACUCAAGAAACAAUCAAUUGAAAUGCCAAACUGAGCGGGGGGCUUCCGGUGUACCACGAAGUGACGAAAUUGUAGGUGAAAACCGAAGGUCAGUAGAUGUACUACACAGUAGCGAGAGUGCGCCCGUAGAAGCUAAACAAACUAAUCAAACAUAAAUAGUAGCAACAAAUCACACACACACACACGUAAAACAAAAACAAACUUAAUCAGAGGAAACCUUGAAAUCGAUCAACGGCUAUCGGGAAGAAAGGGUGUUUGAGGAAUAAUUAUUUGUUAUGCAUCAGAUUGUGAGAGACUGUGAGAGAAAAACUGAAGACAAAUGAAGGGACAGCAGGGUGGAAAGAAGCGCAAUUUACCUAAAGGUUUAUAUCUUUAUAUCGAUUCAUAACAGAGGGGAUGGAGUGCGAUUUGAUUUGUAUACUGUAAAAAUAUGGUAUAAAAAUUGAUUUUAAUAUGUUUAGGGCUUUUCAAUUUGAUCGAAACUCUAAGGCUUUCUAGUAAAAAAAUGCUGCAAUCCUUCUGCAAUGUUUUUUGAUUACUUUUUCCUUCAACAAGAUCAUCGUAUGCACUGAAAAUUGCAACAUGAUUUUUUUUCCAAACACUUCAUUUCGUGAAAUUUGCCAUCGGAUAUAAAAAUACUGAAAACAGUGGCAGCAAUGUUCUUUUUUUUGAAUUAACUGUCAAAAGCGAAUUCUAAUUGCAAUAUUUACGAACGGGCCCGACGAUUUAUGCAGUUUCCGAAUUUCUUACCUUUUACACAACCCCGUAACGACUUCCCUGCGGAAAGUGUAGUAACUUUCGCUGCACUUCACGGCCUUACUUUCGUUUAUGCUACACUAUAAUGAUAACUGUUAAACAUUUAUGUCGUUUUCGUUUUUGCGGUGUAGCUACCCCGCGGACUACACUUUGUCCUAUCACUGUUUUUUUUUACAUUUUCCGGACUAUCCUGGACUACCCUUUUUCCGUCCCGGACAGUCCGUGCAAGAAACAGAGUGCAGUUUUGAAGACACCAACACAUUCACACGUAUGUGUCAAAAUCAAAAAAAAAUGUGUCAAAACCGGUUUGCUUUGAUUAUCAUUCUUCGCGUGUCAAUUCAUCAGGUCAUCAGGUUGAAUUUUAUUUAUUUAAUUUUGUUAUUUUUUCAUUUUUCAGUAAAUCGGCAAAUUUUUCGUAAGGUAGCACAAAUGCGAUAAAAGACAAUGGCGAUAAUGACCAAAACAAAAGUGACAGUUACCUCUGGUAUUACGCGCACCAUUGCAACUGCUCGGAAAGUGUUUUUUUUUCAGCUGCAAAGCGGGACGGGAUAGUCCUGCCGUAAAAACGAAUUUGACAUUAAUAACAUAUACAAAUUGCUCGCUAUCUUAUUUUUUCUAUGCUUUGACACUGGUAAACACUGACAGAUGAAGUUGCCUACUGAGAUGUUUUUUUUUUUUUUGACUAUAAUUGCAGAAGGAUUAGCAUAAUUUUAAAUAUUAGUUCGACGACAUGACUAAAUUUACUAGAUUAUUUUCUUAAACAAAAUCCUCCUUUAUCUAAAAUUCACGCAUCCUACAUUAUAUACUGAAUUAACGAGUAUCGCUAAAAGCUUAUUGUAAACUGUACGCAUUAUUGCUAUGAUUAUAUGAGUAAAUAUAUGAGUACCCAGAAUUCUAGCACCUCUUAUAAAGCGUAGUAGCUGGAAAAACAUCAGCUAUGUAAUGCAUAUAAAUUAUAUACUUUACUAAAAGUCAACCAUGCAAAAGUGACAUAUUUAUCCCGCGAGGAUGUCAAAAAGUUCGGCAACCGUUUUCAACCCAAAAUCUCCUCAUUUUCUAAUUAUUCAUAGCAUCUCCCUGAACAGUCAACAGACAAUUUAACAUCCCUUUCCUUGAGUUUUUGUACUCCAAAAUAUUCUUUUAGUCACUUAACCAAAAACAAAAAAAAAAAGAACAAAACUACCUUUGAAAAUACAAAGCAAACAAAGCAAACAAAAAGAUGUACACGAGCAAAGCAAACCUGACCGCAUGUUGAACAAAACAGAAAAGAAGAAUGUUCUAAAGAAAAACAAAAAAAACACAAACAAACAACCAAACAAAACAACUCAAGUAACAAAAUGGAAAGUGAAGGAAGGUGGUGUAUGUUUAGCAAACAGAAAAUCAGAGCAUCUAACCAGUGUUAUGUGAGUUAUUUGUAUAGAUUGAGAAAGCUAACUAACAAAUACAUAGAAAAGAAGAGAGAGAGAAAGAAAAAAAAAAACAAGUACACAGUUGAGGUAGAGUGUGGUUUAAAUACCUUUAAGUAGAGCGGAGAAACGAGAGGUGAAUAUUUCAUUUGAUAAACCGCAAAGACGGUCAGAAAUAAAGAGACAGUAGCAGUUGUGUACAAGUUGCGUGUUUAGAUGGUAAUAAUAAACAAACAAAAACAGAUCCUAUAAAUAUUGAAUACAACCUGAUUGCGCUUUUUGGUUUUUAACUUGGCGCUAACCUCUAUUGAUAACGAAACAUGAGAAUAAGAUCAUUAUUUGCUCAAACCGUUUGAAUGGAUGCACACAUACACAUACACCGACACACGUACAUAGACACUCACCCUUAGAACCAGCCAAUAUCGUCCUAGAAUAUGAAUUUUGUAACAAUUAUAACUAGCCGCUUGCAUUUUUAGUUUUUGUUUUGCGCAAUUUGACUGUAAGGAAAAAUCAUAGAAACUGCAAAAUCCUCACAUCCUGAAUGAGCAACGUCGAGUAGAAACAGAAUACCUUCCAACUGAUUCCUAUCUCUGAUGAAACGAGAACUAUUCUUCGAUUUUAGGUGCCAUUUUAUACCGUGCAUUUGAAGAACUGGUAGCGAUCUUACAGUUUUGAGUUUUAAUUAACGUAUAUAUCUCUGCUCCGUUUGCCGUUUGCGACAAUUUACACAGUCGUGUUUGCUUAUGCCUAUUAAUUUUCGUUUUCGUGAGAGCCAAUUUGCUAACUAUAUAACAAUUACGCCGCAACUGAAAAUUACUAACUUGUAUAUGAAUGGUUUCUGCGUCAAAUACAACACGAAACAGCAAACAAAUAAUCCAGUGUAGUAAUUUUUACUCGACUAGAACUGAAACAACAAACAUAGAAUGUUACACAACUCAGUAAAACCGAGAGUAACGAGCGCCGAUAAGUUGUAUGAUAUGAAUUAUAAUUUUCUACCUCAUUUAUUUAGUAACUUUUUUUAUAAACAAAAAAUAAAUAAAAAUAAUUAAAAAACAUGUAAAAGUUAGUAACAAACGAAGUAAGAAACUAUUUUAAGUCUUAAAUAAGAAGUAACAUUUACUAUUAAACCUUACCAUUAAGGGCACUCGGACGCAGGAAUGCAGGAAGUUUGUAUAAACUGUCAGCGAACGUUUUAUGUUCAGCGGACAGCCAAAGGUGGAAUGCGAUUUGUUUUAGUCAGACCCCUCUACACACCGUUUUUGUCGUGACCACUAAUCGCCUCUCAAAAAGAAAAAAAAAGGAAAAUUUCACAUCACGCAGUUUAAAACAGUGAAAUCCACCACAACGGAAAGGGCGUAUAUUUUUGGUAGCAAACUUUAAACCAAACAGACAAAGAGAAACAUAACAGAAAGCUAAAUGAAAAACAAAUUCGGUGGCGUUGAGAUAGAGAGAAGGAAGUAUGAAAAUGAAAAAAAAAACGGAAAACUAAAAUUUGUGAUCAAUUGCUUGGCAGUUACUAAAUUAACCGGCAAUGAGGAGGCGGAAAAAAUGAUGAAAUCGAUGAAUUUUAAAACUGUAAUCAUCUUAAGGAUAUAUUGUUAGAAUGUAAAAAAAAACAACAGCAACAACAACUAUAACCUUCCAAGGUGGAAUGUUUCAACGCAAAAUUAUAUUUAUCGGCUUAUUGGUGAGAAAGAAGAAGAGGAUAAAAAAAGCAGAAACUGUAACUUCUACUCGGAAUCACAUUUUUCGAACACUGCUUUUCUCUUUGUUAUAGAAUACUGGGUUUUUCAGUUGCAUCUAUAUACAUCAUACAUUAAUAAAUAUAUAUAUACACAACAAAAAACUAUCAACUGAAAAGAAAAUGAAAAGAACUGCAAUGGAAAAGUCUGGCAUUAUUGGUUUAGGUGCGCGCUAGAAGCGAAUUUGUAAGGGUCAUACAACAGACAUUGAAAAUUAAACAAACACGAUUAAGCUUCUCAAGCAAAGUGGAUAUUUUCGAACAAACUGAAUAAACAAAAAUCCAUCAACACAGAGAGAUGAUUAAGACGAUGGUAUGAGUGGUAGCAGUAGCACUGCGCAGGAAGAGUUCUAUUAUCAUUAUUAUAAUUAUUAUUGCAUAAAUACUAUCAUUAUAUUACUUGAUUAGUUGGUUAUAUUACGCGUAUAUUAUUGAUAAACAAGAACAUGAUGAAAAACAAGAAGAAGAAUACAGUCAGAAGAAGAAGAAGAAGCAAAAUAAGAAUAAACAACAAUUAUCCAGCGGAGUUAGUUCCGUUAUUCACACACAAACACACACGAUUACACACGCUAAUAUUUGCGCGUCUCUAGUGGCGAGUCUGACGCCAAAGUGCAAGUGUCAAGAAGAAAAUCUUAAGUUCAGAACAAUAGAUUUGGAAAACAAAACAAUGAAAAAAUGGUGAAACUGAACAGAAGAAAAAAAAAUACAGUGAUUGAUUAUUGUCUUUUGUAAUAAAACACAAAAA